AGCUCCCGCACAUUCAAAUAGGCUUGACGCCUACACGAGAGUGGAGCAUUGAAGUGGCAAGUGAACAUGAAAACUUCCAUCGCGGUGCUUCUGUUCUUGGGCCUGGCCCUAGCCCUAAUAGACGACGCAUCAGCUCGACGCAGGUGGUGGCAUAGACACCGACAUGACGAUUCGAGGGACGAAGACUGUGAGAGAAGGCGCCCUCCCUUGCAAGAAGAUGGACGCAACUUUCUGUGCCGAUACCGCUGCGCGGGAGGUUACUUCCGCUACGGGAGAGAAGAGGAUGGCACGCCCUGCGUGUCGAGGCUGAGACGACCAGGGCUGUGCUACGGGGGAAGGUGCGUCUCCGAAAGAAGGUACGAGAGACUUGUUGGUGAAACAGGAAAGGACGACGUAACGGACAGACCCGAACGGGACGAGGAUGUAACAGACAGAACCGGACCGGGCUACGACGUCACUGAUCGUCCCGAACAACCCAAGCCAACCCAGGAUCCUGAUUACGACUACAGGGAUGACGAGGAAGUCACUUUUGGACCACCCAAGCCAACACCUAAAGCCGUGACAACGUCUUUCGAGUGACAUGAAAGACUGCAUGCCGCGUAUAUAGUGAUGACCACGAACGCAGGCCCACGUGAAAGUUUCAUGGCGGUCGGUGCAGGGGUCCUCUUUCUGUAUGGUUUGGAUUGAUGCAGCAGUAAAUAAGAGAUGUGUAUGA